UAACAGGAAGAUAGUCUACCUUUUUAAAAUCAUAUUCGUUAGUGUGCGCCUAGUACCAAGCCUGCGAAUUUUAUUGCAAAGUAGUAGUAAGACAGCUGACCGGAGUGACCUCAGAAUGACAUAACAGUGUUGGAGCGGGCAGGCAGUAAGCGUGGAGUUGGUGGAGAGUGAGUGUGUGUUGAGUGUGGUUUAGUGUAGUACCGGCAUAAAAACACAACGAAAAUGUCUCAGGAACCUCCAAAAUCCAUUCCCAAGCACAUAAAAUUUUUAUUUGGCGGUCUGUCCGGAAUGGCAGCAACAUGUUUUGUUCAACCGUUGGAUCUUGUGAAGAACAGAAUGCAAUUAUCAGGGAUGGGUGCCAAAACAAAGGAGUACAAAACAAGUUUUCAUGCACUAACAAGCAUUGUGAAAAAUGAAGGCAUAUUUAGAUUGUACACUGGAUUGAGUGCAGGAUUACUGAGACAGGCCACCUACACUACUACAAGGCUUGGUAUCUACACAUGGCUACUUGAAACUUUCAGUGGGUCUGAAGGGAAACCUCCAGGUUUUGCAAGUAAAGCUGCUAUUGGCAUGACAGCAGGUGCAACCGGGGCCUUUGUGGGUACUCCUGCAGAAGUGGCUCUCGUACGCAUGACGGCAGAUGGUAGACUACCACCAGCAGAGAGGCGAAAUUACCGCAAUGUUGCCCAUGCCCUUUGGCGGAUUGCAUCUGAGGAAGGUGUACUUGCACUUUGGCGUGGUGCUGGUCCUACAAUGGGACGUGCGAUGGUGGUAAAUGCUGCACAGCUUGCAUCAUACUCUCAGGCAAAACAGUUUUUACUAUCAACAGGUUACUUUCAAGAAAACAUAUUUUGCCAUUUUGUAAGCAGCAUGAUAUCUGGUUUGGUAACUACCAUUGCUUCAAUGCCUGUUGACAUUGCAAAGACAAGAAUACAAAAUAUGAAGAUGGUUGAUGGAAAACCAGAAUUCAAAGGUGCCGUUGAUGUGCUGAUGAAAGUGGUUCGUAACGAAGGCUUCUUCUCUCUGUGGAAAGGUUUCACUCCUUACUAUGCUAGACUUGGACCCCACACUGUGCUGACUUUUAUUUUCCUAGAGCAGAUGAAUGCAUUUUACAGUGUCCGUGUACUUGGACAAGAUGCCAGCAAGACAAGUGGUCUGUAACAUAUGCCAUGAAACCUUUCCCAUUCCAUUGUAUAGUAACCUUGCCAUAAAUGCAAGCACCAGCACCAUCUUUGUCAUUGGUAAUAUGUUUUAUACACAAUAUUGUUCUCUGAGACUCUUUUUAUUGAAAAGAAAUCCCUCUCUCCUCCGCCUCUAGUCUUUUCCUGUUUUCAUUGCAGUAUUUGAUGUUCGUCCCUUUGUUAGCAUCAACUCAACAACACACAAAAUGCUGUUUAUAGUAUGAGUCAGAUUAACUUAAAUGAUUAAUGGGUUUGCUAAGUGGGCAUUAAAAAUUUCUUUAUAAAUGAAUGCAAUAGCUGGUUUCUUAAUUUUUUUAAUUAAUACAAUACCAUUGUUAUACCCCUUAAAGCCAACAUGGAGCAAUUACC